AUGGCCGGCGCCGAGGGCUUCCAGUAUCGGGCCCUGUACCCGUUCCGCCGGGAGCGGCCGGAGGACCUGGAACUGCUGCCGGGUGACGUGCUGGUGGUAAGCCGGGCGGCCCUGCAGGGGCUGGGUGUGGCCGAGGGCAGCGAGCGCUGCCCGCAGAACGUGGGCUGGAUACCCGGCCUCAAUGAGCGAACCCGGCAGCGUGGCGACUUCCCUGGGACCUACGUGGAGUUCCUGGGGCCCGUGACCCUGGCCCGGCCCGGCCCUCGCCCCCGCGGCCCCCGCCCGCUGCCUGCCAGGCCCCAAGAGGGGCCCCCUGAGCCAGGCCUCACACUCCCUGACCUGCCUGAGCAGUUCUCCCCACCCGACGUGGCUCCCCCUCUGCUGGUGAAGCUGGUGGAGGCCGUCGAGCGGACAGGGCUAGACAGCGAAUCCCUGUACAGGCCCGAGCUGCCGGCCCCGUGCACAGACUGGUCCCUGAGCGACCUAGAGCAGUGGGACCCGGCAGCCCUGGCCGAUGGCAUCAAGGGCUUCCUCCUGGCACUGCCUGCGCCCCUCGUGCCGCCGGAAGCGGCUGCGGAGGCCCGCCGGGCCCUGCGAGAGGCCACGGGGCCCGUGGGGCCAACCCUUGAGCCCCCGACGCUGCCGCUGCAUCACGCGCUCACGCUGCGCUUCCUGCUCCAGCACCUGAGCCGGGCGGCCCGGCGCGCCCCGGCCCCGCGGCCCGCUGUGCGAGCCCUGGGCGCCGCGUUCGGGCCUCUGCUGCUGCGGGUGCCUCCCCCGCCGCCACCGCCAGGGGGCGCACCUGUCGGGACUGAGCCCAACCCCGACUUCCCAGCCCUGCUGGUGGAGAAGUUGCUUCAGGAGCACCUGGAGGAGCAGGAGGUCGCACCCCCAGCUCUGCCACCCAAACCGCCCAAAGUAAAGCCUGCCCCCGCAGGGCUGGCCAAUGGGGGCAGCCAGCCCUCCCUGCAGGACGCUGAGUGGUACUGGGGUGACAUCUCCAGGGAGGAGGUGAAUGACAAACUCCGGGACACCCCUGACGGCACCUUCCUGGUCCGAGACGCCUCCAGCAAGAUUCAGGGAGAGUAUACCCUGACCCUGAGGAAAGGCGGGAACAACAAGCUGAUUAAGGUCUUCCACCGCGACGGGCAUUACGGCUUCUCGGAGCCGCUCACCUUCUGCUCCGUCGUGGACCUCAUCACCCACUACCGCCACGAGUCCCUGGCCCAGUACAAUGCCAAACUGGACACCCGGCUCCUGUACCCCGUGUCCAAGUACCAGCAGGACCAGAUUGUCAAGGAAGAUAGCGUGGAGGCAGUGGGUGCGCAGCUCAAAGUCUACCACCAGCAGUACCAGGACAAGAGCCGCGAGUAUGAUCAGCUCUACGAGGAGUACACACGCACCUCCCAGGAGCUGCAGAUGAAACGCACCGCCAUCGAGGCCUUCAACGAAACCAUCAAGAUCUUCGAGGAGCAGGGCCAGACUCAGGAGAAGUGCAGCAAGGAGUAUCUGGAGCGCUUCCGGCGUGAGGGCAACGAAAAGGAGAUGCAGAGGAUCCUGCUGAACUCCGAACGGCUCAAGUCCCGCAUCGCCGAGAUCCACGAGAGCCGCACGAAGCUGGAGCAGGAGCUGCGGACACAGGCCUCGGACAACCGGGAGAUCGAUAAGCGCAUGAACAGCCUGAAGCCAGACCUCAUGCAGCUGCGCAAGAUCCGAGACCAGUACCUGGUAUGGCUCACCCAGAAGGGCGCCCGGCAGAAGAAAAUCAACGAGUGGCUGGGAAUCAAAAAUGAGACUGAAGACCAGUACUCGCUGAUGGAGGACGAGGAGGACCUCCCCCACCACGAGGAACGAACCUGGUAUGUGGGCAAGAUCAACCGCACGCAGGCUGAGGAGAUGCUGAGCGGCAGGCGGGACGGGACCUUCCUCAUCCGUGAGAGCAGCCAGCGGGGCUGCUACGCCUGCUCUGUGGUGGUGGACGGCGACACCAAGCACUGUGUCAUCUACCGCACGGCCACCGGCCUGGGCUUCGCGGAGCCCUACAACCUGUACGGGUCCCUGAAGGAGCUGGUGCUGCACUACCAGCACACCUCCCUCGUGCAACACAACGACGCCCUCACCGUCACCCUGGCACACCCCGUGCGGGCCCCGGGCCCCGGGCCGCCCCCCGCCGCCCGCUGA